AUGGACGCUAUCGUCUCACCAACUCUGUUCAAGCUUGUAAGCGCCGGCUACACUAUCAUGAACAAGGCCAAUUCCGCACUCGAAUAUCGCGCCCUCGAAUACGCAUUGUACUCCGUCAUGACUGUUCGGGGCACUGUAAGUGUGAUGAGAAUCUGGAAAGGCGCAAGGACUCCACCAGGAGUCGACCAUAACACAUGGAAGGCUAUCACUUGGCGCGUUCUUAACUGGCUUCAAAUUAGGCUUAAGACUAAUGCUGGUCUACGGAAAGAGCUGGAAGUUGCGAAGAAGCAACAGAAGGAGUACGAGAUGAAGGAGAAGGCGAGGUCUGAUCGAGCGCGUCGAACUACACAGGUCGACGAAAUUCCAGACUUUGCGACACCUGUGCGCGAAGAGCCUACACAGACACCAGAAGUGGUCCGCAAACUACAAGAGGCACUCAAGGACACGACUGAGCGCUUGAAACGCAGCAACGCGCUGGUCAAAGAGCUCCAGCAGUCUACGAGCAAGCCUGCGCACCCGAGUAGAAUGUCCACCUCGUCUCUCAACUCCUCAACUCCAAAGCGAGAUGCACUGGAGGAUAUGGGGCAUCAGCUUCGGGCGGCGCGGCAAGAGGCUGUAGAUGCCAAGAUGGAAGCUGCUUCCAAGGACGAGCAGCUACGCCUGGUGCGAGAAGAGGCCGAUGGCGCUAAAGCCAAAGUCGCUUCGCUACUGGCUUCCCAUGGUCAAGAGCCUCAGGCAGUACCGGGAGGGAUUGAGGCGGUUGAAGCACAAGUGGCAUCCCUGAAGUCCGAGCUGGAAGCUGCACGACAGGAAACACAGAUGGCUAACGUGGAACUCCUCUCAGUCAAGGAGCAAUUGGGCUGUGCGAACAACGCCAUUAAAACCGCUGGAUCUGGCUUGGCUCAGGUGAAAGAACUCGUGGCGAAAGUCCAAGAAGAGAAGGAAGAGGCUGAGGCCAACGCAGCUUCUCUAACCAUGCAGUUGACAGCGUCCCGAGAGGAAGAAGAAAAGGGCAGGGCCGAUGCAGCUUCGAUGGAGAAAGACUUCCACGAGGUGCGAUUACGACAUAGCAAGGAAGUCACCGCGCUCAAAGAGCAGGUCAAGGAGUGGGAAGGCAUUGCUGCGGAGGCGAAGCAGAUCAACGAUAAUGUGCAGACCGCGCUUAAUGAAGAGAAUGAGGAGCUCAAGAAGCAGCUGAAGGAGGAGGGUGCUCGUCGCGAGGCAUUGGAGAAGGAGGUCAAGAAGCUGAAGUCAGAGACUGACGGUGCGAAAGCUACAGAGAUGACUGUCACCGCGGCGACGUCGCUCACUCCAUCUGAGACGCAAAAGCCACCGAGCGCGAUCUCUUCCUACCAGCCUAUGGAUAAUCAGCCACGUCUCGUCCCCGUUGCCGGUCUCACAAGCCCAUCUACACCCAUUCCCAUCGCAUUAUCAGGCCCGACAACCACUCCCGAUACCUCGACACCAAAGGACCACAAAAAACUCACCGCAGACUGGAAUGCUAGGACGAUCACACUCCCUGCAUACAUUGAAGGCUUGGAUGCGUUGAAGCGGAAGUCUGAUGAUGAGGGCGAGACACCCAGACCGGUCAAGCAGCUUCGGCUUAGCGGCGAGAGUGCGGAGAUUCCAACAGGAAAUCUACUCACGCCUGGCGGUGGACCCGCAUUCAAAUUUGCCGUACAAGAACAGGUCCAAGUCCAAGAAGAACAGACAGAUGAUGAUGGUGACGCGUCUAUCGACUUAUUCUGGGAUUCUUUCGAGGGCGAUGCGGACAACUCAGGCACUUUCACAUAUGGCUUGGGCGACGAAGUUGGCGCGGAGGCAGCAGGUCUUCCCGAGCAAGACGCAGAUAACGCCGAGACAAACACUCAAGGCGAUAUCCUCGUCAUUGACGGCGAUACCAUCAUCGAUGAUAGCGACCACAGCAACGACGAUCUCUACGCCAUGCCUUCGCCGAGUCCAAACAAGCAGCCGCCGCAGGUCGUUAGCGAUGUCCCCGACAUCGAUGUCCCCGAUGUCGACAUCCCUGACAUCGAGCUGACUCCAGCUACCAAGCGGAAGAUUGGCAUUGAGGGCGAUGAGGAAGCGUCGGCAAAGCCAUCUCAGGUACCGAGGACGAAGGAGGACCUUGCUGAUGAGCAGACACUGGCUUUGGAGGACAUGACUCCAAUUGCCGUUACUCGCAAGCCUGCUAUCAUAUUGACGCCUGCUACGAAGCGGCUCUUGACAGAAGAUGACGGUGAGGAGCCGCCGAGGUCGUCACAGAUGCCAUCUAGAUCAGCACAGUUGCUACUGAGGUCAUCGAAGACGCCGAGGACGACGGUUGACCUUGGUGAUGAGGAGACUCCGACUUUGGACGAGAUGACGGAGAACGUUGUGAGCGCGUCUCGCGAAGGAGACGAGGCGACUGAAGUCCGCGGUCCACCCGAAGUUCCAGCCCACAAGCAUGAUGCUCCACCGGCAGCCCAUCCCGCGUCGACUGAGGAAGCGGAGCCGAACAACAUCCCUACCAUGGGCAACACCGACGCAACAAACGUCGUCAACACCGCCGGCGCCAUGAACCUUGCACCAACCCAAGUACCCAAUAACAGCACUCUUUUACCCGAACCCGUCGCAAGUCCCGGUAGGAGAACGCGCAAUGCCGGCAAGCCUGUAGGGUCUCUCAACGAGAACGUGUUGAGUAAGAUGUCUGCGUCGCCGAUGAAGGGUGAGAAAGAGAUAGAUGCGGAGAAGGCGAAGGGACAGGGCAAGUCGCCGGUGAAGACAAGGGCGAAAUCGCCGACAAAGACAGCAGCGAAGGCCCCAGCGAAGGCGCCGGCAAAGGCACCGGAGAGAUCGCGAAUCUUAGCUUCAAGCAAGGUCGAUGAGAAGCAGGAGAACGGAAAUGAGAACGGAGAAUGA